UACAAAGUUGUACGUGACUUGUUACUGAAGUCAAAUACCCAAUACAAAUUUCUUUUAUUUUGAAUCGAACUUUGCCUGAAAUCUGAUAUAUUCACUUCCCUGCAACGCUAUGUCGGAUCUUUCAAAACCAAAAUUCGUCUUUGAUUUCGUAAAACUCAAGCAGACAUUUACCGAAAUCUGUCCCGACUUCAGUGAGGAGCCUUCCUACGACCAAUCCACAACCAGUCGUCGCUUUGCCGAGAAUGUGAUCUUCGCCUACAGCAAGGAGGCCGCUGCAGCCAAGGCUAAAAAGAAGGACGUGUCAUGGUCUAUGCAGUUGGCUGUGAAAAAUUCCAAAGGAACCUUGAUCCGCAGUGAGGUGAAGAUCCAAACCCAUUGGGUCCGCGAACCGCCGCAGAACCAACCCUUCGUGCUGCGCGGCCUCCUGGUGCUGUCCUUCAAACAGGCCAGCCUGCUGGCAGUGGCCAAGUACUGCCAGCUGGUGCCCCACCAAGUGAAGCGUGGCGAGGUGGUGCUCACUCCCCUGGCCGGAGCAGUGUUCUCGAAAUUCGAGAUACCCAAGCUGGCCGAGGAUGUGGGGGAACCUCUGGCCGAUGUGGUGGUGGCCAUUAUCAGCAGCUGCCAAACCGAUGGCUACUAUCUGGAGCACAGUCGCUGUCACAUUGCCUUGGUGGCCAUUAUCAAGACGGUAACCGAUCUAAAGAUGCAGGCCUCCAUUGUCAAGAAGACCAUCAAAAUGUACACUUUGCACGGCAAGGACUUGGACAUGGACAAGUUCAAGCAGUGGAGCACGUUCUUAAAAAAGUCUGGCCCCCCUAAGGUAAACAACAAGAGUAAUGAAGACUUUGACAUGCUGACCGAACAGGUUCUGGCUCUUCAAUUACCUUGCGAGGAAGAGCAGUCCCCCAAAAAGGCAAUAAAAUGUGCAGCCAACUUUCAGAGUUCGGGAUCCUUGAAGUGAAGUCAACUGUCGGGGGUUAUACACUUCAGGAUGUGCCUGGAUGUAAGCUACUACUUGAGCCUGUUGGCUUCCGCUAGCCUUGCAUUGAACCAACCAACUGCAGAAAUAUCUCUUUUUAAGGAGAAUAAUAUGUUUAAUACAUUAAUGUAUCUGUUAGAUACUAUAUCUUUUGUAUUUACACUGGAAAAAUAUUUCAAUAAACUACAGUUUUCUUCGGUUCAAUGUAAAAU